AUGUCUAUCAUGCUCAAUCUCAACUGCUGGGUACUUGGCGAUGAUGUUGGCCGAGUGUUCCGAGUGGAAAUUUCGAAUGCAGAGGAUGUUCAUGACCUCAAGGAAGCCAUCAUGGAGAAGAAGCCCGCACUCGAUCACGUUGGCGCAGCCUUCCUCAGACUCUGGAAGAACGCGGAACUUGAAGAUGAGAAAAAGCUAUUCCCUCUGCAAAGAUUGUCGGACAUUUUCUCGCCUCCACCUCUGAGUAAACAUCUACACAUUAUUGCUCAACCUCCACUUAUUACCCCUGGCAAGCGACCUCGUCCUUCUGAUGAUGUCGACCUUGCGCUGGAAUCCAGACUCGCCAAAACUGCCCCUUCGUUGAUAGGCAAGCAGGUCGAGUACAUGUUAUUGCAAAGAGAGUCGAACCAAAGGAUCUUGGAUGACCGUCCUACGCCAGAUUCAGUUCCCCCAAUUUCCCUCUUGUACCACGGCUUUGGUCGCUUCCAGGACAUCUUCAAUCAUUAUCCAGAUCGCCUGGAUAUGGAGCGACAGAACCUCGAACUGGCUGUUGAUUCUUUCGCGCAGAAUAUGACCCAAUUCUAUCAUCAUGAGACGAAGAGGAUGGGGAAGGGCCUGUUUGCUUUGAACGAAAUUCUCUCUCUUCGCGAUCACCCUGGGCUUGACUUUGGUGAUUCCUGCACAAGCGGUCACUAUGAUGGACCGCAUGGAGCAGCAUCUUGCAUUGUUGAGUUCAGAAAUGAGCUCUGUGACAUUGCUUUGAUGCCUACAGUUACGCUUGCCUCUUGUAUCGCACAUUCGCAUAAGGAUGCAAUGAACCGUCCCAGCGGGCCAGCAUUAUUUAAAGGUUGGAGGGUCCCAUGCCUUGGUCUAACUGUUAUUGGCCCAUAUAUUACCUUCUAUGCCAUAAUUUUCCUCGGUCAGUGGCACAUUGUCAGUCUCACCCCCACGCUAUCAUGCAUUCCAUCUGCAUGUGAAGGUCGUGACCAGAAGGCACUCUAUGCUGCCUUUUCUGCUGCAUUGGACCUAUUGAGUUGCAUAGACUCGGAUGCGAAACGCUUGAUGCACACUCGGCCCAAGCUCGAACAUGGUUACUACAAACUCCCAUAUGUUUCAGAGCUACCCAGGUAUGAAAAGAGUGGGAAAAUCCGUUUCCGGAUUCUCGGGCUUCAUCCACAUGUACAUGAUAUUCGUCAUCUGUACAUUGCUGAAACCACAACUUUCGGCAAGGAGCAAAUCAUUGUGAAAUUUGCGCGUCGGUACUCAAUUGCACUGCAUGCUCUGUGUGCAAAAGAAGGGCAUGCACCGGAAAUUCUCGGCUAUGAGCCACUACCGGGAGGUUGGUUCGCCAUUGCCAUGGAUUAUAUCACCCCCACUGUACACCCCGGUGAUUCUGACAACCUGGCGGAUCACUGCCAGAAGUGGGUGAAUGAAUUGCGCAAACUCAUGCAAUCUUUUCAUUCCGCUGGCUUUGUUCAUGGGGACCUCCGUGAACCAAACAUCCUUUGCAGUGGAGACCGGGUGAUGUUGAUCGAUUUUGAUUGGGGUGGGAAAGUCGGGGAGGUGUAUUAUCCAUCUGCGCAGCUCUGUCCUGAGCUCAUGGAUGAGCGAGAGGGGACUGAUCCGAGAAUCUUGCAGGCUGAUGAUGUCCGGGUUUUAGGAAAUACUCUCCGAACAAUUGAAGAAAAGGCACGUCGCACUUCCAGGCACUCCCAUUCAUGA